UUUCAAUUUCGGUUGCAGGACUUGUGGGCCGCAAGCUCAAAUGGACCGAAGAAUACCUUUACUUCUGCCUAAGUACCUCUAGCUAGAACACGCAUACGACUCUGCUACGAGUCUCAGAGUUGGGCAAUCUGGCAAUGCAGCAGAGGCCACAGAGCUCUUUCUACACGAGCAGCAAACAUUUGUCCUGUGGGCCACUUUCGUCGUCGGCGGCUCAAGAGGAUCAGGCCGAUGGAGCGGCAGUUCGGCAGCGGGGAGCGGCGGGCCUCGCGGGUGCGCUGGCUCGUCGGCAGCGCUCGGGGCUGGUGGCUCUGGCCUGCCCCGACCUGCCGCCGUCGGCCCUGUCCGACAGCAGCCUGCACCUGCAGGCCCAGCAGCGCGCCCGCUGCGCCCUGGGCCGCCACGAGCGCGCGUGUGCGUCGGGCUACCGCCCGCACCUGCGUGCCGCCGCCACCGCGCGCGCCGUGAUGGCGUUGGACGCGGGCCUGGCGACGGAUGAGGCCGCGGCGGCGCGGGAGCGGCAGCAGGUCCAGGUGCUAAGUGUUGUCGAUCAUGCGUGGCAGAUGCUGACGCUGUCUGCGAGCACCUACGCCUUAAGCCGAUGCACCGGAAACAGCGCGCAAGGGGCAACAAGUGGCGACUCCAAAUGGGAGGACUUCGCUAGGUCGCUUGCAGUUGGGCUGGCCCAGGUGGACAGUCCGGCGGUCGCGGCGCGGCUGGCAGCCAUGCGGCCGGCGUCGGCGGCCGAGGCGGAGGAGCGCCAGCGGACGACGGCGUUCGGGCCGGUCAUUUACCCGCCGCGGCCGGAUGGCGUGCUCUUGCCCUCGUGGCUGCUUGCGCAAGAGGCUGCACGCAUGCUGCCGGCCCGCGCCGCGCUGCUGCUGCACUGCCACAUGGAGCUGGGCGGCAUGGACGACUACGACCGCAUCAUCGGCGGCGCCAGCGGCGCAGCAGCGGCUGCUAGCGGCGGCUCCCACUUCUGGAGGCGCCACGGCUUUGACAAGCAGGCCACACACAGGGCGAUGGCGGCGACGCUGAUGCAGGCCCUGCUGCAGUACUGGCAGCCGCCGCCGGCCGUGCUACUUGCGAAUGUCGGCGGUGCCGUGUCGCUGGCUGCCGCCGCCGCCUCCUCCCCUCUGGCGCCGCCGCCGUCGCCGCCGUCGCUGCCUCCACCGCUGCUCUGCCGCGACCUCACUGUCUUGGCGUCCGUGGUGUCGGAUGCACAAGCUGUGGCGCUGUGCCUGGCGGAGGACGACCUCUUUGACCUGGGUGCGACGGGUGCGCUGGCGGCGGUGACGCGGCCGGCGGUGCUGCUGCGCGUGGCGGCCGUGCUGAGCUUGGAGCUCUCGCGGCUGCCGCCGGAAGCCAUCGAGCACUGCCGCAAGGACUGGAUGCAGCACUCGUACCGCUCGAUGCUUAUCGCGGCGCUGCGCGAUGCAGCGAGUGGGGCCGGCGGUGGGGCCAGCGCGGCGAAGGGGGGCGGAAGGGCAGCGGCCGCUGGUGCAGCCGGGGCAGCUGGCGGCGGCGCGGUGGCGGCAGCAGCGGGUGACGUCAGGAGCAAGAGCGUGGACGAGACGUUGUGUCGGGCGCGCCGAUCCUUUCAGGAGCAUGUCAAGAGCAUGGACACGACCGUGGCGUCGGGCGAUUACAAGCGCUCUGGGUCGCGCGCGCUGGGCCGCACCUCUGUCAAGGGGACUGCUGAGGGCAGGGAGGGCGCCGGCGCCGGCAAGGCUUCGUCCAAAGCCAGCGGCAGGCGACCUACAGCGGCGGUCGCGGGGCAGGGCGCAGAGGCCGAGGCUGAAGCGGAGGCCGCGGAGCCGGAGAGUCAGGAUGGCAAGCGCCAGUCCCGCGCAGUUCGUGAGGCGUGGCUGCUGAAGCUCCUGGUGACCACGGCUGAUCGCCUCGUGCCAGCCAUCUUCGACCCAAUCCCUCAGCCGGCUGCGGCAGCACCCCUCGCGACAGCAGCAUCCGUGGCCGCCGCCGCUGCGGCCGCACCAGCAUCGGCGCCUCGGCCCUUGCAUGGUACGGCUGCGGCUGCGGCUGCGGCUGCGGCUGCGGCUGCGGCUGCGGCUGCGGCUGCGGCUGCGGCUGCGGCUGCGGCUGCGGCUGCGGCUGCCGCACCGCCGGCGGCAAGCCCGGCGCGGCCGGUGCUCAUCCUGCCCCGCAUGGCUCGCAUGUUGGCGUUCAUGCAGCUGAGAGGAAUGGGGAGUGGCCAGGGCGACCCCGCCACGAGCCUUCAGCAGUUCGAGGCCAUGUGCGAGGUCUCGGCGGUGCACGCCGCGAGCAUGGCGGAGGUGGCACGGGCCAUGGUGGGCGCGCUGGCGCCGUGCUGGGAGGCCGCAAGGACGGCGGUGGGGGGCAGUGACACCGCAUCACCGGCACCUCUGAGCCCCGGCCCGAGCCCCAGCUCCAGCCUCGGCCCCGGGCCCCACAGCUCGCUGGUGCUGCAGGGCUCGCCCGCCAUCUGCUACAGCCUCGCACGCACCGCCGCAGUCAACUACGUACUGGACAGGGUGGCGCGGGGGAUGGCGGCGGCGGCGGCAGCGGAGGAGAUGGCUGUAGAAGGGCCACUGCCCGCAAGUGCACCAGCACGUGCUUUGGCCAUGGUGGACAGGUUGCAGCAGCUACUGCCCCAGUACCAGCGCGUGUGCGGCUGGCCACUGGGGGUGACGCUGUCGGGUCUUCAAGGCGACGUGGACGGCGACGGCGGCGACCACCGUCAGCUGCCGGAGGCCGUGCUCAAGGCGUUCUCAUCACAGGCGGAUGCGGAUACGAUUGAAGCCCUCCGGCCCGCCGUGGCUGUCAGCUGGGCGCCGCUGCCGCCGGCCGCCGUGGCGUUGCCUGCGUCGGAUGCGGUCAUGCCCCCGGCCCUGUCACUGGAUGGGGUGCCGCGGGGGGAGCCGGCAGCUGGGCAGGAUGAGGCGCCUGACGGCACCGCAGCCGCCGCCGUGUGUGCGCCGACACCGCUGCUGGACAGCUCCGGUCUGGCGGUGCGGCCGACGUGUGACGCCGGCGGGCGGGUCUGCAACACCGACAGCCACGGCGCCGCUGCCUCAUGUCAAGGGGGUCCUUCCGCCGGCAACAGUGCUGCUACGGGCAUUCACACCAUCUACGAUGUGAAAGCAGAUAUGGCAAACAACUUAAAAGGGUCGAUGUGGUGGCAGCUGCGGAAUGCCAAGGACACCACAUUCGCCGCGGCGAAGAUUGCACGCCUCGCAUCAACAACGCCAGGCCAACUGGCUGCGGUGCCGUGGUUGAAGCCAGAGGCGCUGGAGGCUGCCGGCGGCCGAGUGGAGGCGCGGCUUCGGGGCAUCGCGCAGCAAGUGCUCUGCCACGUGACGCAACCGAUAGGCGCCGUGCUGGGGGCGCAGGGGGGACAGGCGGCGGCGCUGGCCCCGCAGCGCGCGCUGCAGCCGGACUGGCCGGAUCGCCUGCCCCUGGCGCUCAACCGCGCCUUCUGCUCCAUUGCCGGCGUCCCGACCAACCACAUCGGCUGGGGUCUAAUGGACAUGUGCACCGCCUGCAGCGGCAGCGGCAGCAGCGCCCAGCCACAGCAGCUGGUGCGGCUGCACCCGCGGCCGCUGAAUGGGGGGCUGCUGGCAGCAGCACCUCGUGCGCUCGCGCAGCAGCUGACGGAAGCUGAUGCCGCACAGCAUGGCAUGUACUCGGCAGCGGCGGCGGCACCAGGUCGGCAGUUGGCUUUCGGCCGCUGCGCCGCCGCGGCCGGUGCCGGCAGCGCUGGCCCGCAGGGCGACAGGGAGGCGUGGCGGCAGGGGGCGGAUGGGCAGCGCAGCUUGUGGGGCCUGCUGGGGUUUCCGGAGCUGUCUGCGUGGGAUCCUGAAUCCGCCGGCCCCAGCUCCUCUGAGGACGAAGACAAUAACAACCUGGUCAAGGCUGCGUUGGUGCUGGUGGCCCGUGGGGUGGGCGGCGCAGAACGGCUGAUAGCCGCGGGCGCGCCGCCGGCAGCCGUGCAGAAGGUCGUCGCCGUGCUGGACGGGCUGAAGGCGCUGACGGAGGCGGUGGCGGAUCUGGUGGGGGCGGGCAGCGCCGCCGCGGACGCGGAUGUUGAGGCGGACUUGAGCUCCAAGCUGGGCAAGGGACUCACCAUGUUUUCACCAUCGCUGCCUUUUGAUGAACUGGUGCAGGAAGUUGGCAGUAGCAGCGGCAGUGGUGGUGGGGCUGGCGAUCGCGGCAGCAAGCUGCAGCCGCUGCAGCUGGUGGUGAUGAUGGGGUCUGCGGGGCCCUAGUCAGUGGUGUUCCUGCCUUCCUGGAUUGCAGCAGGACGAACGCCAGGCGUGGCGUGGCAUUAGGCAAACCGUUGCGCGGAGGAGUACAAGACGGAUUUCACUGUAGAUCUAGAAAUCAGUCGUCAUCAAGAAAGAACAAUCCAGCAGGCAGUGGGUUGGGGGUUUGGCAGCACGGAAGAACCCUCCUGCGAGCAUCGUGGAAGGAGAGGGCGGAGGAAAGGUAGGGGGCGGCAGAGAGGGGGGCCCGGGUCUUCGGAAGGCGUGCAGAGCAACAUGGAUCCUUGCGAGAAAUG